AUGUUAGAACCAAACAAACCGAACUUUGACUUCUCGCCGAGAACUCCACCCACCGCCGCAAGAGGAGAAGUCCCCUCCUCCAGUGCAUUUCAAGCAAAUGCAAACAGCAAUACCGCAUAUAAUCCCUCACAGUUUGAUCCUAACACUAGCCAAAUGUCAUCUCAACAACAAUUUCAACCACCACCCCAAGAACAACAACAACAGCAACAGGGAGAGUCUGAUGAAGCUAUUUACAAGGGUGUACAUCCAUUCGCUGCUUUCUUUCACAUUGCUUUUAAAAUUGCAGCUCUUUUAACAUUUAUUCUUGGUGGUAUAUUCAGUUCCAGUCAUGUUGUUAUCUUUGUUAUCACUAUUCUCUUCCUCGCUGCGGAUUUCUGGACUACUAAGAACGUGACGGGUCGUUUACUCGUAAGUCUGCGUUGGUGGAAUGAAGUCCGUGAGGAUGGAUCUUCACAUUGGAUCUUUGAAAGUGCCCCAGACGCCGAUAAACGUGUGAAUAAAUUUGAUAAAUGGUUCUUUUGGGUCACGACUGGUGGGAACUGUGCGGCGUGGGUGUUAAUGGUGUUAUUUAACAUGAUGUCCUUCACGCGGCUGCCAAUGGCUGUGGUUGGCGUCAUUCUCGGCGGGGCAAACUUUGUUGGAUUUCUCAAAUGCAGCCGUGAUGCCUCGCAGCGGCUGCGGAAUUACGUGAUCACACAGGCAGCCCAGCGGCCAGACCUGGUGCGGCAAGUGGCAGGGGCACUGUAG